AUGCGUGCCUUUCUGUCUUUCGUUGUUCCUCUACUCCCUCUUGCAUCAGGAUUCGUGCACCCUGGCCUCCUUGUCUCGGACAGCGAUGUCGCUCGCGCCCAGGAAAAGAUCAAGGCCAACCAGGAUCCAUGGACUACCUCAUGGAAUACCCUGACCGGUCUCUCAUUUUCUGAUGCGAGCUACACUCCUUCCCCAGUUAGUCAUGUCUACCGCAGUGCCUGGGAUGACAAUGCCGAGAACGCGGAGCUUCUCUGGCAUGACGUCGCGGCCGCAUUUAAUCUUGCCCUACGCUGGAAAAUAACACAAAACGUGAGCUUCGCCGACACCGCUAGCAAUAUUCUGCAUGCGUGGGCGACCACUCUCAACGCGAUCGAUGGUGGUGACGACAAGUACCUCACAGCGGGCCUGCAGGGGUACGAACUCGCCAACGCAGCCGAACUCCUUCGUGACUAUGAACCCUUCACGGCAAAUGUCCUCCCCGCCGUUGUGGAAAUGGCCAACAAUAUCUUUGUCCCGAUGCACUACAGAUGGUUGAACCAUGAAGAGCCGUCCGAGCAUAAUAUUCUUCAUUUCUUCGCGAACUGGGAGCUGUGCAAUAUCGCUUCGGCGAUGGCUAUGGGUGUCCUAACUGACAACAAAACAGUGUGGGAUUUCGCUGUGAAUUACUUCAAGACCGGGGAUGGAACUGGCGCGAUCAACAAUGCUAUCAACAAUAUUGUUGAAGAGCCUGGUACAGGGACGUUGCUUGGCCAGGGCCAAGAGUCUGGUCGUGAUCAGGGCCACUCAGCAUUGGACAUCCAACUCCUCGGUGUUAUCGGGCAGCAGGCCUGGAACCAAGGAGAGGAUUUGUUUGCCUACAAUGAUAGCCGAAUUCUCCGUGGUGCAGAGUACUUCGCGCGGUACAACCUUGGAAACGACGUUCCCUUCGUCCCUUACACGAACGGGAUAGUCAGCCACACGGAGAUCAGCAGUGCCUCCCGUGGAGCCAUUAGACCUACCUGGGAGCUUCUCUACAACCAUUAUGUUGUAAGGAAGGGGAUGGAUGCACCUUGGUCCACGCUGUUCCUCAACAAUUCUCUUGACUAUUACCACGGCGCGGAGGGCGGUGCCGGCUCCUGGGGAGAGGGGUCUGGUCAUUACGAUGGUUUGGGCUGGGGAUCGUUGCUGUAUCACAUGGAUGAGGCAGACGUGGCAGGUCUGGUCUCCUCCCGAUCUACUUUACCCACGGCGAACACCAUGUCAAGCGCCUCCUUAGCGUCUACUUUCACCCCUAGGGCAACGACCACGACUUCUGGCGUAUCCGACCAAAGCGCGCAUGUUUCGAGUUCGACUACGACAUAUCCUAGUGCUGUUUCUUCUGAUUUGGGCACAGGAAACUCUGCCUUAUCAACCGUCGCAAAGAACAGCCGCAAGAAGCCCACCACCAUCAUCAUCAUCAUCAUGUGGACGCUCAAGCACAAAAUGUUUGCCAUGUACAUUAGGUCUACGUUUAGAUGCUCCAUACAUGCUUCAUCAUCCUAG